GCCUGCUUCACAGCGGUCCUUUUGUUGAGGGCUGGGUGCUAUCCAGUUGAAGGAGUAGGUGAAAAAGAUUGAAAUAUAACUCGGUGAAAUCGAAACCGGUAUGAAAAGUCUAUAAUUAAUGCGUUUUGUUGAAGUAUUCUUUGGGGAAAUCCAUUUACAUUUCCCCCUAACUUCAACUAUUGAGGCAUUAUUAUCUGGCGCAAGGUUAGCGGGCUAACGUUAGCUGAUUACAGUAGUUUAGCUAGUUUACCUAGUUAACAAGCCUGAUACAUUUUUAGAGGGAUUAUUCGAAACGGAAAAAUUAUCACAGGAAUAUUAUGGCAGAAGCCGAUAAAUUAAACAUCGACUCCAUCAUACAGCGACUUCUGGAAGGUAAGAAAUGCUCUUUAUUUUUUUGGGGUGAACUAGUUAGCUAGCAUCAACGACUAAAGCUUACCGUGUGCUUCCCAGUCGAAACAGGUCGCGCAUAUAUUAUGACGACAUUUUGUGACGUUUUUGUUCGUUUUGGUGUUCGGCAGUUUUUCUUUCGUCUGUUCGAGCCGUAGAGCCUGACAGGGGGCGCUGUUUUGACGCCACCACGCCUCCAUCUUGGCACUCCCCCACUAUUGUAAAAAUAUUUGGGAAGCUAUAGAAAUGCAUGUAUUAAUGUCUACUUUUUUCCCCCCAUGUUUAUUCUAUUCCAGACACCUUAUUGCAUACUUUAAAAUUAUAUUAUGCGAGAUAAACAUACAAAAAAAUAUAUAUAUAAAAAUUUUCCUCAAAGUAUAUAUUUUUUGAAAGUUAAAAUGUUACAACAACACUUAAACACAUGUAAUUGUGUCCUUGAAACAUUACAUUUAAAUAUUGUGUAAUUCUUCUGCUGCUUCUGGGGAGUGCCAAUAUGACCAGCCAGAGGCUUCAUAGCCUCUCAUUGGCCAAUACAUAGCAUAAGCACUAAUUUUACAUUUUAGUCAUUUUAGCAGAUGCUCUUAUCCAGAGCGACUUACAGUUAGUGAGUGCAUACAUUUUCAUACUUUUUCACUCCAGGGUUUAUAUACAUCACGUUAGCUUCACCUAGCCGAGUUCUGCUAAGAGCAAACCGAACCUAGUAUGCGGACGCCUUUGUCUGGCUAGCUGGAUAGGUAGUUGGCUAGCCCUUGAUCAUGACUCUGUUCCAUUACAUUACACAUAAGUAAUUGGACGAAGGCGACUUCUUUACGGGGGAGUUUUGUUAAGAGCCCCGACGCUCAGUCUAAACAUUAACACGCAUCUCUUGCGGUACUGUUUUGGAAGCGUAAGGACCUUUAUAUUUAAUAUCAGCAAUAAAUAAUUUUCAGAAAACAAAAGGUUAAAUUGAUAAACACCUUUUUAUAGGUUAGGGUUAGUGUUCCCACACGGCCAUAUCUUCAUGUUCAGCGCUUGUUUACGGAAAACAAACUGAAGAGAGACACGACCACCUGUGCUAAUUGGCUAUCUAGCGUGCUCCGAACACCUUUGUGUAAGCUUAACUUGGGAAGUGUAGCAGAAGUGUAGUUUCAUCGGAUGGAGGCACCUAUUGCUGUAUGGAUCUGUGCAAAACUGCUACAAUAAGUGUGUCUUUAUUUGAAGGAUUCUUUCUCGCUGAUGAAAGAUGAGGGCCAUAUAUUUUGAAAGCCGUAUCGCAAAGGAUGAUCAUUGAUGUUUCUUUUUUUGUUAAAUAUUAUUACAUUUUUUCAAAUAAUACAAAACAUACACAUACAAAAGACAACCUACAGACCUACAGUUCUCACCCCUAUCUCCAGUGCCUGCACUACUCGCCGCCACAAAUUGCACCAUUUUGAUCUUCUCCGUCGCCCACGCUCUUUCAAUAUUUAGAUAAUAAAGCAUAUGAUUUUUCCAUUGUCUUAACAAUGGAGGAUUGGUUGAUUUCCAGUUAAGUAUACAUUUUUUCAAUAUAACUGACGAGAAGAGUAUCGUCCAACCCAUCAGGUAUCUCACUGCACACUCAUAUGACAUGUCUUGAAAUAUGCAGACAGACGGAUUAAAUGUAAAUUUACAUUGUAAUACUUCUGACAGCCAACUUUCUAACUCCGCCCAUACCUUUUGGACUUUAUAGCAUUCCCAGAAGGCAUGGAUUAUUGAGUCUGUUAGUUUUACACUUAAGACAUGACUCUGUCAUUGUGCUAUAGAAUUUGUGAAUUUUGUCUCUUGCAUAAUACAUUCUAUACAUUAUUUUAUACUGGAUUAAGCCUACAUUUUAUUUAACUGUUAUUUCAUUAGUUAUGUUCCAACAUUUCCCAAUCUUGUGCCAAUAUCAGUUAUUUUUAAGUCUUGGUUCCAAUAGUUUAUCUUUUUUUCCUAAGAGGUUGUCAGUUGGAUAGGCUCUCUGCAAGGUUUUGUAUAUCUUACCUAUCAUAUGAAUAUCCUUUUCUGACUCAAAUAGGAUUCCCUCAAGAUUGCUCUUAUGUCCAAAAGAUUUCAAAUUGAAAUUUCGUGAUAUUAAACUUUUAAGUUGCAGGUAUAUUAUUUGAAAACAUCUACAUUGGUCUGUCCAAAAUUGAUUUUUUUAUUUCUGCCAUGGACAUAAAUGUAUUUUCUAUUUCCAAGUCAUGUACGGUUUCUAUGCCUUUAGUUUUCCAUGUCGACCAAUUUAUCGGUGCAUUCUGAAAAGCUAUCCAAGGAUUGUUCCAUAGGGUUGUGUUUUUUGGGAGUGAUAUUGGUUCUUUUAGAACCUGUUUCAUUUUCUUCCAUAUUGUUAUAGUGUUCUUAACUAUGAAGUUGUUAAUGUUCUUUGCUUUAUCUUUUGAAAAUAGACACUUGAAAAGAUUCUGGGGUGAACAUGCGCAUCUUCAGUAUGUACACAUUGUUCCUCUUUAGUGCAUUUAACAUUAUGUCUCAAGUAAAAGCCUUGGGUGGUGAGUUGAUACAAUUCCAAGUCUGGGAGGUUAAAACCACCCUCAGACUUAUGGAGGUGUAAAACGUCCUUUUUUAUUCUGAGUUUUUUAUUGACGUUUCUAAAUGUUAAAACACAGCGUCGGGAUUGUAGUUCACAUAAGCCAGUCGUGGGCAAAGCUAAUAGCUGAAAACGUUAGGGAGAAGGCAGAAUAUCGCCUAGAGUUUUAGAGCGCUAGUAGUUGGCUAGUAACUUAGCAUAGCCAGAGACUGUAGCUAAGGCUAGUUAGCAGCUAGUACGGGAUUGAACCAAAGAAUUAGCACUGUUUUGGCGAGUUGCUUUGAUAUUCGCGGUUGCUAAAAAGUCAGUUGAAAACAGCCACACAGGCUCACUCUCCACAUGAGACACAAUGUUGUGUGUGAACAAGUAUUCACUUUGUCAUUGUCUCCUAUCCAGUGAAGGGCUCCCGACCUGGCAAAAAUGUGCAGCUGACGGAGAACGAGAUUCGUGGCCUCUGCCUCAAGUCCCGGGAGAUCUUCCUCAGCCAGCCAAUACUGCUCGAGCUCGAGGCGCCACUCAAGAUUUGUGGUGAGGCCAAGUUGUCACUUCUGGGGUUGGGAAAAGGGUGCCUCAAAUGUGGUUAAUCAAACUAGUAGAACUUUAUUAAUUCCAAGAAGGGAAAUUGAUUAAUCAUCACCACAAACAUCAACAAUACAAAGUGUAAAGACAGGAGAUGGCUCAGGAACAGAAGACAUGCACCUAAGCAAUAAGGGAAGCAAGUGUAGAAAAGGAAAGCGCUACUAGCACCAUAUGUAGACUAAGGCAAUUAGAAAAACUAUUCUGAAGCUCAUCUGUUUACCAACACUCGACAGAAAGGCAUGAUUACAAUGAAUACUUUAAAAAAGAAACGCUACUAGGCCUACUAGCUAGCAUAACUAAAGUAUUUUGUUUCGGGUGCCCAACAGCCUAUUUUAGUCCUCUCAUCUAUACAGUAACAGCCGGAACAAACAUUUUCCUGUUAGUAUCUUGUGACCUUACACACCAUGGUCAACUCUGCCCACCCCCAGGUGACGUCCACGGUCAGUACUACGACCUGCUGAGACUCUUUGAGUACGGAGGCUUUCCCCCGGAGAGCAACUACCUGUUCUUGGGGGACUAUGUGGACAGAGGAAAGCAGUCACUGGAGACAAUCUGCCUGCUGCUGGCCUACAAGGUCAAAUACCCAGAGAACUUCUUUCUGCUGAGGGGCAACCACGAGUGUGCCUCCAUCAACAGAAUAUACGGCUUCUACGAUGAGUGUGAGUUGAUGGGGCUUAGACAGAUGCAUAACACAGACAGACAUGAAAAAACACGAUAGAGCACCCGCAUCCACAAGAGGCUUCAUAACUGAGCAUAACAGUUAUGGGCACACAUACAUAGUAAAUGCAUAUAAAAAAUAAUAAUGUGAGUAAUGUAGGCACUACAGUAUGAGUGGUAUUCUGACUUCUCCAUUACGCUUGGGUAGUAUUCCGGGUAUUUGGAAAUAGCCACGGGAUAUUAUUGUUUUUUAUACCAUUGAAGCUAUUUCUUUGAAGUUUUUCAAUACAUUUUUAUAUUUGUAGCUACUUUUUAAGUAGUCAACUUGUGCAAUACGUUAGGGGAUUAAACAGAUCGCUUUCGUCAUUUCACCGCUCACAUUAACUAACAUUAUGAAGCUUACCGUAGUUCCCCAGAACAGUUGAGCCAGUCACAUGUUUGUUUGUAAAUAGCACAACGGAAGACGGGUCGCAUUUUAUAUUGAAAGUCAAGUGUUUUUUUGCUUCAAUAGAGUGAUCAGGGACAAGCAACUAUAGUUUUCCUUAACAGAAAAUACAUUAUUGCAACACAUUCGGCAGAUGACAGCAGAAGUGCUGCAAUGCUCUUUGACUGGCAGCCACACAAGUAAAUGAGCUUACAAUGAAAAAUCAAAGUUUUUGUGAGGCGCUUUGACAUUUUUAAAAAGGUCGACAAACAAUUUGAUUUAUUGAUUGAUUGGUUGGUUACAGAGCAUGUAUUAUGUGAAACGCAAAAUAAGAAUGCAAUAAAUUAUGUAAGAGUGUUAUCGGGACAAAGCAAGGACCAGGUUUAUUUGCUUUGAAGAUCAGGGUUCAGUUUUGAAGGGUGUAACAUUACACAAACGUUCAGAUAGAAAUGCAUUUUGUAUAACAGAUACAGUUGAAGUCGGAAGUUUACAUACACCUUAGCCAAAUACAUUUAAACUCAGUUUUUCACAAUUCCUGACAUUUAAUCCUAGUAAAAAUUCCCUGUCUUAGGUCAGUUAGGAUCACCACUUUAUUUUAAGAAUGUGAAAUGUCAGAAUAAUAGUAGAGAAUGAUUUAUUUCAGCUUUUAUUUCUUUCAUCACAUUCCCAGUGGGUCAGAAGUUUACAUACACUCAAUUAGUAUUUGGUAGCAUUGCCUUUAAAUUGUUUAACUUGGGUCAAACAUUUCGGGUAGCCUUCCACAAGCUUCCCACAAUAAGUUGGGUGAAUUUUGGCCCAUUCCUCCUGACAGAGCUGGUGUAACUGAGUCAGGUUUGUAGGCCUCCUUGCUCGCACACGCUUUUUCAGUUCUGCCCACACAUUUUCUAUAGGAUUGAGGUCAGGGCUUUGUGAUGGCCACUCCAAUACCUUGACUUUGUUGUCCUUAAGCCAUUUUUCCACAACUUUGGAAGUAUGCUUGGGGUCAUUGUCCAUUUGGAAGACCCAUUUGCGACCAAGCUUUAACUUCCUGACUGAUGUCUUGAGAUGUUGCUUCAAUAUAUCCACAUCAUGUUCCUUCCUCAUGAUGCCAUCUAAGUGCACCAGUCCCUCCUGCAGCAAAGCACCCCCACAGCAUGAUGCUGCCACCCCCGUGCUUCACGGUUGGGAUGCUGUUCUUCGGCUUGCAAGCCUUCCCCUUUUUCUUCCAAACAUAAUGAUGGUCAUUAUGGCCAAACUGUUCUAUUUUUGUUUCAUCAGACCAGAGGACAUUUCUCCAAAAAGUACGAUCUUUGUCCCCAUGUGCAGUUGCAAACCAUAGUCUGUCUUUUUUAUGGCGGUUUUGGAGCAGUGGCUUCUUCCUUGCUGAGCGGCCUUUCAGGUUAUGUCGAUAUAGGACUUGUUUUACUAUGGAUAUAGAUACUUUUGUACCUGUUUCUUCCAGCAUCUUCACAAGGUCCUUUGCUGUUGUUCUGGGAUUGAUUUGCACUUUUUGCACCAACGUACGUUCAUCUCUAGGAGACAGAACGCGUCUCCUUCCUGAGCGGUAUGACGGCUGCGUGGUCCCAUGGUGUUUAUACUUGCGUACUAUUGUUUGUACAGAUGAACGUGGUACCUUCAGGCGUUUGGAAAUUGCUCCCAAGGAUGAACCAGACUUGUGGAGGUCUACAAUUUUCUUUCUGAGGUUUUGGCUGAUUUCUUUUGAUUUUCCCAUGAUGUCAAGCAAAGAGGCACUGAGUUUGAAGGUAGACCUUGAAAUACAUCCACAGGUACACCUCCAAUUGACUCAAAUGAUGUCAAUUAGCCUAUCAGAAGCUUCUAAAGCCAUGACAUCAUUUUCUGGAAUUUUCCAAGCUGUUUAAAGGCACAGUCAACUUAGUGUAUGUAAACUUCUGACCCACUGGAAUUGUGAUACAGUGAAUUAUAAGUGAAAUAAUCUGUCUGUAAACAAUUGUUGGAAAAAUGACUUGUGUCAUGCACAAAGUAGAUGUCCUAACCGACUUGCCAAAACUAUAGUUUGUUAACAAGAAAUUUGUGGAGUGGUUGAAAAACAAGUUUUAAUGACUCCAACCUAAGUGUAUGUAAACUUCCGACUUCAACUGUAGGAUUUUAUGUCAUGAAGAAUUGGGCAUCAUGUCAUAUCUAUUCAUUACGUUGCAAUUCCCAACAUGCUGCACUGUUCAUUUUACUGAAUAUACCCUGUAGGUAAGAGGCGGUACAAUAUCAAGCUGUGGAAGACCUUCACCGACUGCUUCAACUGCCUGCCUGUGGCGGCCAUCGUCGACGAAAAGAUAUUUUGUUGCCAUGGAGGUAUGAAGUUGUAGUAUUUAUCAAAUGGCUCCUGUGUGCACAUUUCCGGUUGAUUUUAAACACCCUUUUGUCCUUGCCCUAAUGUGCCAUGUAAACUCCCAUUGUAACAGUAGAACAUCAGCUGCCGUAUAAAGAGUGAAAGGAAAAACUCAGUUAAGAGAGAGAAAAUUUAGAGAUAUUUUGGAUUGAGCCAGGGCCAGGCUGAGAUGUAGGCCGUAGUUUUCAUCAGUCAGACCAUGAGCUUUAGGCAGACUGAGAAGUGAAAACCACAGAGUUUAAAAAGCCAUAUUAUUUAAUAAAUAUAUAUAUAUUCAAGCUUUGCACCCAACCAUCCCUCGUGCGACAAUCUAUACCUCAUUUUUUUAUUUAUUCCCCCAUCCCCCAGGCCUGUCCCCUGAUCUCCAGUCUAUGGAGCAGGUGCGGCGGGUGAUGCGGCCCACGGACGUGCCUGACCAGGGCCUGCUGUGCGACCUGCUGUGGGCAGACCCGGACAAGGAUGUGCUGGGCUGGGGAGAGAAUGACCGUGGCGUCUCCUUCACCUUCGGCGCCGACGUGGUCACCAAGUUCCUCCACAAGCACGACAUGGACCUCAUCUGCAGGGCCCACCAGGUCAGUGACUACCGAAGGGGAAGGGUUUAGGGAGCAGAAAGGUCCCGGCAGGUAUACUGUUUUUAUUUUUAUUUAACCUUUAUUUAUACAGGUAAGUCAAUUAAGAACAGAUGCUUAUUUGAUGACCUGUUAGAAUACUUGAAAAAAUGUGUCCUUCCUCAAGUUAAGAUUUAAGUCAUUUUAGAAGCUUGCAGGAUUCAUUACUUACCAACAACAGCUGCAAAUCCAAAUAAAACGAUAUCAUGUUUUAACGUUUAUUUUCCUUGCUUUGUCUAACACUAUCAUGAAUCUAGCGGAAGAAGUGGGGUUCAGAGUGAAGUAUUUAUUUUGUUUCAUAGCCAAGUUUCUCCCCCUGGCUUUAGCCGCUGGGGGAGCAGGCCUGCCCGGGCAAGACCAGGGGGAUUGCCUAGCAACACAUGCCUUGAAAGGGAGGCAACAUCAGCACAACAAAUUCCCAUGAUUCUAUGCUAGAUUAGGACCGAACAAUUAGUGACCGCUAAAAUGGCUUUGAAAAAGUACGAUUUCAGCUAAUAGGGAAAAGUAUCUAACAAAAUAACUACUUUAUGCAUUCACUAAUCAUAUUAUAUAAACGAUUUACAUAUACAGUGGGGAGAACAAGUAUUUGAUACACUGCCGAUUUUGCAGGUUUUCCUACUUACAAAGCAUGUAGAGGUCUGUAAGUUUUAUCAUAGGUACACUUCAACUGUGAGAGACGGAAUCUAAAACAAAAAUCCAGAAAAUCACAUUGUAUGAUUUGUAAGUAAUUAAUUUGCAUUUUAUUGCAUGACAUAAGUAUUUGAUCACCUACCAACCAGUAAGAAUUCCAGCUCUCACAGACCUGUUAGUUUUUCUUUAAGAAGCCCUCCUGUUCUCCACUCAUUACCUGUAUUAACUGCACCUGUUUGAACUCGUUACUUGUAUAAAAGACACCUGUCCACACACUCAAUCAAACAGACUCCAACCUCUCCACAAUGGCCAAGACCAGAGAGCUGUGUAAGGACAUCAGGGAUAAAAUUGUAGACCUCACCUCGUGGGGCAUCAAUGAUAAUGAUAAUAAUAAUAAUAAUAAUAAUAAUAAUAAUAAUAAUAUGCCAUUUAGCAGACGCUUUUAUCCAAAGCGACUUAGUCGUGCGUGCAUACAUUUUUGUGUAUGGGUGGUCCCGGGCAUCGAACCCACUACCAUGGCGUUACAAGCGCCGUGCUCUACCAGCUGAGCUACAGAGGACCAUGAUCAUGAGGAAGGUGAGGGAUCAGCCCAGAACUACACAGCAGGACCUGGUCAAUGACCUGAAGAGAGCUGGGACCACAGUCUCAAAGAAAACCAUUAGUAACACACUACGCCGUCAUGGAUUAAAAUCCUGCAGCGCACGCAAGGUCCCCCUGCUCAAGCCAGCGCAUGUCCAGGCCCGUCUGAAGUUUGCCAAUGACCAUCUGGAUGAUCCAGAGGAGGAAUGGGAGAAGGUCAUGUGGUCUGAUGAGACAAAAAUAGAGCUUUUUGGUCUAAACUCCACUCGCCGUGUUUGGAGGAAGAAGAAGAAGGAUGAGUACAACCCCAAGAACACCAUCCCAACCGUGAAGCAUGGAGGUGGAAACAUCAUUCUUUGGGGAUGCUUUUCUGCAAAGGGGACAGGACGACUGCACCAUAUUGAGGGGAGGAUGGAUGAGUCCAUGUAUCGCGAGAUCUUGGCCAACAACCUCCUUCCCUCAGUAAAAGCAUUGAAGAUGGGUCGUGGCUGGGUCUUCCAGCAUGACAACGACCCGAAACACACAGCCAGGGCAACUAAGGAGUGGCUCUGUAAGAAGCAUCUCAAGGUCCUGGAGUGGCCUAGCCAGUCUCCAGACCUGAACCCAAUAGAAAAUCUUUGGAGGGAGCUGAAAGUCCAUAUUGCCCAGCGACAGCCCCGAAACCUGAAGGAUCUGGAGAAGGUCUGUAUGGAGGAGUGGGCCAAAAUCCCUGCUGCAGUGUGUGCAAAGCUGGUCAAGACCUACAGGAAACGUAUGAUCUCUGUAAUUGCAAACAAAGGUUUCUGUACCAAAUAUUAAGUUCUGCUUUUCUGAUGUAUCAAAUACUUGUGGUCCUCUGUAGCUCAGCUGGUAGAGCACGGCGCUUGUAACGCCAAGGUAGUGGGUUCGAUCCCCGGGACCACCCAUACACAAAAAUGUAUGCACGCACGACUGUAAGUCGCUUUGGAUAAAAGCGUCUGCUAAAUGGCAUAUUAUUAUUAUUAUUACUUAUGUCAUGCAAUAAAAUGCAAAUUAAUUACUUAAAAAUCAUACAAUGUGAUUUUUUGGAUACAGACCUCUACAUGCUUUGUAAGUAGGAAAACCUGCAAAAUCGGCAGUGUAUCAAAUACUUGUUCUCCCCACUGUAAUUAGUGUUGCACAGUAUACCGGUACCAUGGUAAUAUCACGGUACCAAAACGUCAUGAUACUAUGAUACUUAAGAGUACCGUUUCAUAUACUACCAGAUUUGUCGCCCCUACCGAUCUAAAGAACCAGCUGGCGCCUGUUAUAAAAUGUUUAUAAAGUCAGUUUUAUUUAUAAAUUCAGUUGAAGCAAUUUCUAGCUCAACCAUGUAAAAAAAAAAAAAAUCCCGGGUUGCUAAUUAUUGGUUUGAUAACAAAUGUUGUUCAUUCAUGUUACCUAGCUAGCUAACAACCUUCUAACAUUUGAUUGGCACAGGAAGAAAGGAAAAGGGUCUGCUACUCAUGAGAUGUGCUUCAAAGCUAGGAUUCAUAUAGGCCUAAUGUAAGCCUAAACUAUAUUUAAAAAAAUAUAUCUUUCUGGUGCUCCUUUAGAUUCUGUUUGGUGCCUAAUGUUUUUAAAGUUGGGAGCAGUGUGUAUAUAUGUUUGUGGGAGAGAGAGUGGUGUGUCUGUUUAUGAGAGAGAGGGAGACGGGGAGUGUGUGAGGGGGGGAGGGACAAUAUAUGUGUGUCUGUGUUAACUGAAGAGUAAAGAAGGUUUCGUGCAAUGUUUUCCCCUUACUGCCGCAAUGACAUUCAGAUCAUUAUGCAUGUCAGUAUAUUCCUUCCUCCCAUUCCUCCAGCCAAAUCACAGGUAGGCCUUUGCAAAUAUGAGCAAAUCAGCCAUUCUACGCACUAUUCUAUUAUACAGUGUUAUGUUAAUUCAAUAUGUGUUGUAUUGAGUAGAAGUGGGAAUAUCAGUGACAGGUUUUUUGCGACGCUAGUCAACUCUGAAUUCCCCGAUCUCCCCCCCCCCCCCCCCCCCCCGUACUCUGCAGGUUUACUACCCGGCCUGGCCUUAAACGGUUACCAGUUUAGUGGUUUUGUUUGUGAUAUGAAUAUAUUACUUCCCUCUAGUACAGGCUCUAUGCGGUUUGAAAGUGAAUAAGCCUAGAAUUCCUUGCACACUUGUCCACAGUGUUACAUAGCAAAAGGAUGAAGGACAAAGCUACCUUGGUUCCCUACAAUCAUAACAAUCCCUCUUAACCUGUUCCAAACCGGGGUCAGUUUUGCAAUGGAAAACAAAAACUACCGUUUGUUAUUGGUCAAAUUCAGAUUGUACCUCCUCAUUUUACUCCAUUUCGUGCCUACUGAACACAGCCCUGCUUGGUUCUUCAGGUGGUUGAGGAUGGCUACGAGUUCUUUGCGAAGAGGCAGCUAGUGACACUGUUCUCGGCCCCCAACUACUGCGGCGAGUUUGACAACGCCGGAGCCAUGAUGAGCGUGGACGAGACCCUCAUGUGCUCCUUCCAGGUAAAGGGAUAUCACAAAAAUCACUUUCUAAUCUCUAAAUUUUAGUAAUGUGUUGAGGACGUCGUUUUUUUGUUGUCUGCGUGUCCUUUGUUUUGGCUGUAAUGGUACUUCUCCGUAUUAGCUGGUGUAAACAAAUUUCCCCUUUUGGGAUCAAUAUAGUACUAUUUUAAAACUGCAACAAUGUUUUUAUAGUAGUAUAUAGUUGGCAUUUACUAUAGAGUUUUCUUGAUUUUGAAUGCAAGUCUCUUUAUUUGUUUGUUCUCAAUCCUCCCCAGAUCCUCAAACCUGCAGACAAGAAGCUGUUCUACGGGGGUGGAGGGGGCAUGGGUUCCGGACGCCCUGUCACCCCCCCCAGGAAAGCCAAGAAAUGA